CUGUUUUAAUUGCGCGCCGGCAAAAAGCCAACGAAAAUAAGAAUUUAGGCACUUUACCAACCGCUUAUUAUCUUAUUAUGAACGAUAUCAAGCGACUCAAGGAUCAGCAGCGCGAAAAGCACCCAGGAUUCGAUGGUUAUAUCGACUGCAUGACCCGCUCCCUUUUCACAGGCCUCGCCACAUUUUGUUUAAGUUUUUCCGGCACCUAUUUCGCCCAGAAGAUCGUACAAUCGCGCAUUCGUUAUCCUGUAAAGUACAAUAUACUGGUCUCCUCGCUGGUGGCCACUGGGGUAUCCUAUCAAACGACAUCGUCGCGCACCAAAUCCUGUCAAGCGGCGUGGAUGGCCUUUGAGGAAAAGCAUUCCGUACUCAACGAGAAAACCUUUUAGUUCAAGUUAUUAGUAAAU